UUAAAACCCACUUCAUGCAAACAAUCAGAUCAAAGAAGAUGGAAAUCCUGUUUCUUCCCAAGAACAUCUGAAAAACACUCCCAGAAUAAUUCUUUUUUAAUAGAACUAAAUAAAUAAAACUUCCGUUUUGAUUCCCUGUUUUGGGAUCAUUUACACAAAGAACAUUUUAAGUGCGUAUAUAAAUAUAUAGAUACCAAGAAAUGCCUAUUGAAAAUGCCAGUGAUGAACUGGAGAAGCCCUUUAUUCAGCAGCCGAAAAGCGCUGAUCCUGAAGGAGAAAGCGGUCAAAAUGGAUCAAUUUUCAUGGUUUUGCUGAGUACUUUUGUCGCUAUUUGUGGCUCUUUUGAAUUUGGAAUAUGUGUGGGAUACUCUUCACCCACUCAAUCUUCUAUAAGACAUGAUUUAAACUUAUCCUUAUCCGAGUUCUCAUUGUUUGGAUCCAUUAUCACAAUCGGUGCUAUGUUUGGUUCAAUCACAAGCGGCAGAAUCGCAGACUACCUCGGUCGGAAAGGGUCAAUGAGAUUGGCAGCUGUUAUCUGCAUCGCAGGGUGGGUUGCUGUCUAUUUUUCUAAGGCAGCCUGGUCACUUGAUGUUGGAAGGUUCUCUACAGGAUAUGGCAUUGGGUUAUCCUCUUUUGUGGUGCCAGUAUUUAUAGGUGAAAUUGCGCCUAAGCAUCUCCGAGGAGGACUUGCAACACUAAAUCAGCUGUUGAUUGUCUGCGGAUCAUCUUUUGUAUAUAUUGUCGGAACAAUUGUAACAUGGAGAACAUUAGCUCUAACCGGGCUGAUCCCAAGUAUUUUAGUUCUUGUGGGCCUGUUUUUCAUCCCUGAGUCCCCUAGAUGGCUGCUGAAAGUUGGCCGUAGGAAAGACUUUGAUUUGGCAUUACGUAAACUUCGUGGCAAGGAUGCUGACAUUUCUCAUGAAGCUGCAGACAUUCAGGCUGGUAUUGCGCAUCUGGAAGAUCUUCCUAAAGUUGGAGUCAGGGACUUGUUUGAUGCCAAAUAUACGCGUGCUAUCAUAAUUGCUGUGGGAUUAUUUGUUUUCCAACAAUUUGGAGGGAUAAACGGAAUAAAUUUCUACUCUGGUGAAAUCCUCGCAGAAGCUGGAUUUUCAAGGGAAAAAGGGCAAAUUGCAUAUGCCAUAAUUCAGGUCCCCAUAACUCUUAUUGGAGCAACAUUGAUGGAUAAAUCAGGGAGACGGCCUCUUCUAAUGGUAUCAGCAACGGGAAUGGGCUUCGGAUCGUUCCUGAUAGGAGCUGCUUUCUAUCUCAAGGCUCAUGCUCUGUUGCUUGAAUGGGUUCCAAUGCUUGCUAUUUCUGGAGUACUUCUCUACAUAGCAACAUUUUCAAUAGGAAUGGGGGCAGUUCCUUGGGUCAUAAUGGGAGAGAUAUUCCCAAUUUAUAUAAAAGGUAUAGCUGGAAGUUUAGUAUGUUUAGUGCACUGGUCAGUGGCUUGGUUGAUUUCCUACACUUUCAACUUCCUCAUGACAUGGAAUGCAAUUGGGACUUUUUGGAUAUAUGCUGGAUUUUCCAUGCUUACAGUGCUAUUUGUGGCAAAGGUUGUACCUGAAACAAAGGGAAAAACACUUGAAGAAAUUCAGGCUGCUUUAUCAGCUCAUAGAACUGCUAAAAACAGAAACAGAAAUUUGCUGGAAGAUUAGUCCUAAAACUGUGAUGUCAUUUCAUCUGAUACUGCAACGUCGUCUGACAAAAUAAGGCUUCUGUAAUGAAAAGGGGUCGCCAAGAAUGUGCUGCUCAAGUGGUAAGGUUGAGGUCUGACGACUGCUCUGCUCAAUUUUGUACUUAGAAUCUCAAGUUCCGAUGUAACAACAUCUUUGGAAUUUCAUGUAGAGUUUGUAUGAAGAUUUCAUCAAUGUUACAUAUAUAGCUUCAGUUAGGCUGGUCUUGUAAUCUUUUGUUCAUACAAGAAAUGAGGUUGUUUGUAAUAGUUGAUGAUCUGCACUUUCAUGGAAAUGGAAUUUGCAAGAAAAUAUGCUGAAUUCAUGAUACAGCACACAAUUCAGAA